AUGAAACCUGGCUCGAACUACUGUGUCAUGAAGCAGUGGCCACUGCCUUUUAAACAGGUCACGGCGAUCGACAAAAUCUUUGCUGAUCAUUUAGCGGCUGGUCAUGUGAGGGAAUCAACAUAUCCACACAGCUCUCCGACCUUCUGUGUGCGAAAGGCCACUGGAGGGUGGCGGAUAGUGCACGCGUUCAACAAACUGAACGCUGCAACGGUACCGGCUCAAACGUCGAUCCCAAGGAAGGACGUCAUCAUAGAUCGUAUGGCAAAGAGUACCAUCUUUUCGUCCAUGGAUCUGAUGGAUGGAUUCUAUCAGAUCCUCAUGCGUGAACGGGAUAUCCCUUACACAGCAGUGCGCACCCCUAGCGGUAUGCUAUGGGAGUGGCUAGUAAUGCUAAAGGGGCUAAGUAACGCCCCCGCAACGUUUAACAGAUGUGUUAUUAACCUGUUGCGAUCGGUGCGCGAUUUUGCACCGAGUGACUUCGACGAUGUCUUCGUCCAUAGCCGGGCUAUGGACGGAAAGACGGACGUGGAUGGUCAUAGAUUCCACGUCCGGAAGAUUCUUACUCUAUUGCGAGAGCAUAAGUUGUUCGCGAACCUCAAGAAGUGUAUAUUCGCAGCGAACGAAAUAUCAAUUCUUGGCUGCAUCGUGGGUAAAAACUGUGUAUACCCUAAUCCGGAAAAGGUCAAGGCGAUAAGCGACUGGCAUGUGCCAGUCGACGUCACGGGACUUCGAAAGUUCCUUGGCUUGGCGGCGUACUUGCACAAAUACUCGUGCAACUAUGCCGAGAUUCCGUACAUCUCUCUCGUCUACUAA